UGCAGAGCUGACAUCUACCCUGACCAACACCUCUUCACACAAGGAUAGACUGAGACCUCAGAAACUCUCCAGGAAACAGACUGAGACAGAGGAACAACAGCACAGCCGGUCCAGAGAUGAGUGACUCUACAUCUGAACUGCGGCAGAAGUACAACCAGGAGGGCUUCCUCUCUGCCUUACCAGUCUUGGACGAGACAGAGGUCAGGGAGGCCAGACAAGCCUUCAGCCACCUGGAGAGAGAGUUUGGGGAGGACUACACCCAGUACAGCCUCCACAACGUUCACCUGCAGUACCCCUGGGUGAUGGCCCUGGCCAAACACCCCCGUGUCUUGCAGGUGGUACAGGCCAUCCUGGGGUCUGAUGUCAUCCUGCUCGACUCACGCUUCAUCUGCAAGUACCCAACAACCCCAUCAGGAAACAAUGUGAUCUCUCCGACUAGCAAGGAGGAUGUGAGGUCAUCAGAGAAGGAUCAAUGCAAUGACACUGUACUGCCCUUUGUGGCCUGGCACCAGGAUAUGAGAUACUGGGGCAUAGCUGGAGGUCCAGUCCUGUCAGUCUGGCUGGCACUGGACGACUCAGUGGCUGACAACGGCGCCCUGCAGGUCAUCCCAGGGAGUCACUGCUCUGGCAUGCUGCCUCACCGCCCUGCAUCCCGUCUUGGCAACAUGCUGACAGUCAACCAGGAGAUCCCUGGGGAGCUGGUUCAGACUGAACAAGCUCUACUCUGCCCCCUGCUGGCUGGGCAGAUGUCUAUCCAUGAUGGACUUCUGGUUCAUGGCAGUGACCCCAACACAUCAAGUAGAAGACGUUGUGGCUUUGUUGUCCGAUACAUCCCUACCUGUGCUUAUCCAAUACAGGAUCCAGACCGUCCCAGACGUUUCCAUGCUACAGUGAUGGCCAGUGGAACAGACAAGUUCGGACAUUUCUCCAGCAGCUCUUAGCUAAGAAGAUCGUCACAGGUGUUGACGAUAUCCACAGUGAUGACAUUACUGUAUCAGUGCAAUUCUCUGCUUUUUAAAAGUUUAUUGGGCUCAAUAUGACUUAUGUAUAUUAAUAUACCGUUUUUCUCUUGUUCCUGUUUGGAGAUUGAUAUAUGUGCCAGGGUUUUACAGCUAAAUAUAAAGCAGACAAGAGCCUGAAUCUCCUAUGUCUCCUAUAUCUGUAGCAUGAACACAAUGGCAAGCCAGGAAAUAUAUUAUACCAUAUUCUUAAUAAUAUACAAAAAAUAUUAGUUUAUCAUUUUGCAUUUAAGUGGGCAACAGAAUUAAAACGUGUGUCCCAAAAUGUGUCUUAUUGUGAUUCUCAUGUUGAAUA